CAUGGAAACGACGCACACUACGCAGAAACAAACCAACGUGACGAAUAUACAUUGUAAGAUUUUUCAUGUGAUAAAAAUGAAAAUAAUGCUCAGACAUAUCUGCGAGCUGCAAAAGGUACGGUUGAAAUAGGAGGCACGACGUAGCAUUCUUCUGAAUGAAAGGCAGACUGUUAGUGUUAGCCAAGAUCUACAGAAUGGCAUAGAGAUAUUAUAAGAAGUCAAACUGUCUCCAAGCCAUGGACGGCGCAGAAAGUGACGGUAGUGAGAAUUACUACUCGGCGACGGAGCAAACACAGCCAACAGUCACUGCCGAUCAUGCAGAGAAACUACCGGCCAGACGGCGCGGAAUCGCCAAAGAAACACGGGGGAGUAAAUCGCCGUCGAUUGGCGAAGAUUUGCGUGGUUCGGAAGAUAGGAAAAACAAAACCGCGCAGAAAAAGCGGCACCGGGAGCGCCGCAACUCGGAAACGACCACAGACUCCCCCUUGAUAAACCACGCCCUCAAUGGUAUGAACACGCUGUACGUCCUUUGGGCCAAUAAGAAACUGUGUGACGUCAUUGUCGUCGUUGGGGGCGACGAGUUUCCCGCCCACGGAGUUGUGUUGGCCACACACAGUGACUAUUUCCUGCGGUUGCUGCUUAGAAAGCAGUCAGGUGCUGCUGUUAUCACUCCGAACAGAAUUGUGCUGGGAAGUCUGGUUUCCGCCUCUGGUUUUCGGCGCAUACUCCGCUACAUGUACACGGCGGAGCUUGAGCUCACGUGGGUAACUGUUUGCGAGAUUUUGCAAGUGGCGAGCGCACUUAAAGUGACUCGGAUUGUUGAGUUGGGACAAGAAUUCCUUCAAAACUACACCAUUGAGAACUGCCUGGGCGCCAUGUUGGUCGCCAGUCGGGCCAAUUUAACGUCGCUCGCCACCAGGAUUCGCAGGUUUGUCCUGGGAAACUUCUUGGCCGUUAGCCGAACGAAGGAGUAUCUGCAGUGCCCGGUCGAAGUGAUCGCUGAUCUCCUAGCAGACGACAAUGUGAGUGUUUCCAGCGAAUUGGAGGUCCUCGGCGCCGCCAAAACCUGGAUUCACGCAAACGGCGAGGCGGGACUGAGGGGCGCGCCACUCGUCAUGAGGCAGGUCCGAUUUCAACAGGUCAGUUUGGAUGAACUCGCAAAACAUAUUGAGACGGAUGAAGCGUUGAUGCAGAUACCGGAAGUGAGGUCAAGGGUCAUUGCAGUUCACAUACAGCGGUCAUCCAUUGCGAGUACCGGUACUAAUGCAUCCCUUACUGGGUCGAUGUUGGGGAAAACACCAACCAAAAAAGAUCAAGUGUCAUCGGAAUCUGCUCAUCUGUCCUGCGAAAGGUUGCAAAUGCCACUUCAAAACAUGACUGUUGAGGACCUGAAGGAGGCCAAAAUCAUUGACCAAUCAACAACCUCGUCUCUACCUUCGUCGUCAAAUGUAUCCCGUCUGCGAAUUAAUGAUCGACACGUCACAGAGUCCAAUAGAUAUUUGCAUAUUACUUCUUCGGAAACCCCCGUUUGGCCAUUAACCAGUGACAUAGAGCAAAGGAUAAAAGACGCGAGAAUUAUCGACCAAUCAACGCCUUUGUCUAACCAGCCAACGUUAACGCCUCUGGAUUCUUCCCAGCCAAUCAGCGAAAGAAACACCAUACAGUCUAGCCCACAACAACCGAAAGCAUCCAAAACUUCUUCCGCUUGGGCAAAGCCACUUUACAGUGAAGCAGACAAGUCAAAGGAAGCAACCAUCAUCCAAUCAUCAUCGACUACUUCUCAGCAGGUGACGCCCCGUCAAUCGCUUCGACCAAUCAGCGGAUACAAUGUAAACGGUGAAUCUUCUGUGGCACCAAGCACCGUGAAAACACUCACAUCCCCUGGCAACUUUUCUGCCCGUUUUCACGCACCGCGUCUCGCCAGCGACUACCGAAUCACAGCGUCCAACCCAAAAGCGCUCACCGGCGGACCAAUUGCGUGGCCCGUUACGACACUCUUGGCAAGGAGGCAGAAAUCUGACGUCAUCGUCACCGUCGGCGGGGUGGCUAAGGACGGCGAAUCGGAGACUGCAGGGCGGAUGGUGCAAGCGUUCCUACUGGACAAGAACGAAUGGCGCGAACUGGAAAGAAUGCCGUCUGCGCGAAAUCACCACGUGGUACAUUGUCUCAACGGUUUCCUGUACGUCGUUGGUGGAUCCGACCCACACACCGAAGGCGAAGAUUUUCUGAAACCCGUGAGUUCGGUGUUGAAGUACGACGUCCGAGCUGGCAAGUGGAGCGAAGCACAUCCCAUGAACGCUGCCCGGAUAUUUCACGAGGUCACGGCGCUGUUUGGACAGCUCUACGUGGUCGGUGGACAAGACCAAGAAGGACGGACCCUGGCUACCGUCGAGUGCUACUCUCCAAACGCUGACCGAUGGCACUACGUGGCCCCGCUGCCGUCUGCACGCUACGGCGUGGCGGUCACGGUCUACCGCGGUCGACUUUGGGUAGCCGGCGGUUACCCAGAGGAACAAAUGGCCGAAACGUCGACCGUGCCCGCAGACGUCAUCUGCUACAAUCCCUUCCGCAAUGAGUGA